CCGCAGGUUCGCGGCUUCAACAAGAUACAAGAUCAAGAUGAUGAAGAGGAAGUGGAAGUGGAAGUGGAGGAUGAAGAUCAAUCCGAACAAUCCGAAAACGAAGCUCCGGAUAGCAACGCUGCAGAACCAGUUGGCAGCGCUGAAAGAUACCAAAAUGUCGUCAAAGACCAUUUCCGUCGCCCGCGAUUGUUUCAACAGCCAGUCAUGGCGCAGUGUCAUCUCAGCGAAGGGAAAUCGUGCUUCAAGGAUGCAGAUUGCCUUUGCCCUCACAAAUACGCUUGCCUCACUGGCAUGUGCUUGAGGAAAAAUAUCAUCCGGCUUCACUUCUCUGGUGACGGGAAAACUGAACCCGGGCUCGAUCAGGGUCCCUUUUGUAGUCCGAAGCGGUCUAGUGUCCCCAGGUUGAAUCGUCCGUAUAUCGAUGUGUCCGCAUUUUGGGGUCUCAGCACUCGCGAAUUUCCAGAUGCCGGCUUGGCGGCCUGGGACGCGUGUGGAGCCAGGAGCAGGAUAUCUCUGGCAGCAGCUCUUCUCAGCAAGACUCCGAGGCUUAGGCCAGCGGAGAACUCUGUUGUUCUUCUUUCUGGACGUUUCUUUCGGCUGCUUCGAAUCUACCUGUCACCAAAAAGGCUGCGAAUCAUCAGCGACGGAACGGCAUCGGAGGCUCGCUCGUCCCGGGACAACUCGUACGCCGACUCGUCCAGUGACCGAACCCUGCUCUAGCUAAGUCCUCGCGUGAAACCCUAACCUUUUACUCUAGGAGAAAAAAAAUCGAGGAAAAUAAGCGACAGAUGAACUUUUACCAUAUCGAGACAUUUCAAUCAAGGAACAUUCCGGGUGUCCUGUGUGUCGUGUAUUCUUCUUGUUUGAUGUCCGGUUGUGUCGGCGCGUUGCCUCGAGAAGGCGCUUUCUCAGAUGUCGUUUCGUGCGAAUUUGCAAGUUGCAUAUCUUCAUUGAAAGUAGAAGCCUGCGACAAAGAUUUCUGACAUGUCCAUCAUAAGAGAAUGAUAAGCCGGUCAAAGGUAAGACCAUAGCACACGCCGAAGUAAAACCCUCAAUCUUCUCGAAGAACAAGAACCCCGGAAACUUUCAAUCUUGAUCCUUUCCACGAUGUUGAAAUGACUAAGUUGGGGAGAAAUUAAGACUCGUCAGGAUUUUUUAGCGCGUUAAACAGCGACGCACUUUGCAGUAAACUGAAUGCCCGUUGAAAUCAUCCCAAAUUAUCGAUUGCAUUUAAAAUAUUGACGGGGAAAAUCGCCGGCAGCCUACGCUUGAAAGAAAAAGCAUUCAAAGCAACUUAUCUUGAUGAGUUGAACAUGAAACUUUGAAAAUUGUUGAAUGGUUGAAUGAAGCCUUGCUUACUUUUCUGUUAGUUUCCUCGUCAUCGACUUGCGUCAAGCUUAGAGCUGAUUGCCGAAGCGAUACCAGCGAAACGCUUUAUUUCUGCUAAGUUUCCCUAUGAGACCAGGCUCCUCUACUUUUUGGCGCACAUGUCGCCUUCGGUAUCGGAUUUUAGAGCCUGAUGCAGAAAUACUCGAAAUGGGGACACCAGGGAUGAUCUUGCAUCAGAAUGCUUAGACACCUUGGAUCGUUUCUCUGAGGAACAACGGAGAAAUAUUCAGUCCACGCUGAACAUUAAUUUUUGCAAAGAGAUUUCGGGGAUCCCCGCGGUAGGAGUCGAACUCGUGACCUUUGUCUUGAGUAUUUCGUCGCGUCGGGAGCAAACCCGCGCAGCCCAGGUCAUAUUCUUCCUAGGCAUUCAGUGGGCAACCCUCUUGGCGUACAGUAAAACAUUUGCAUGGGAUUCUGAUCCGCGAACGAGAUGUGAUUGACGUGACGCGCUGUAUGUUACCCCCCUGUUACCCCCGGCGAUUUCAACCAGCUCCCGGAGCAGCACCCUGCUACGUAUUUUUGCAGCACGGCAGCUGGAACCGCCUAUAGUCGACUUGUGCUUUACGUUCACUCCAUUCCCUCGGGCAUUCUAACCACAAUGCAUAUUGGACAAAGGAAAUAUCAAUUUGGGAAUUCGGACAUAUGAUCUCUGUGGAGAGCUCGGAGUCACCGGAAAGGAAUUUAUAUUUGGCAAGGUUAAAGGGUUUCCAUUCGCGUAUUUUCUCUCGUCAAUUUGCCGUCAGCAGUUGUUUGCUUUCCGCGUCGGCUAAUCUUUGUCACGGCGUUGAACUUGCUCCAUGUUCCCCGUUUUCCGUAAACGCCCUCAGGCAAUUCGCUUUUCAUCGUCUCGUAAAUGGGUAAUGAGUGUUGAAUCUGAUGUAUCAUAGCUUAAGUACUCCACUUUUCGUGGUUGGAGCUUGUGUGUGCUGUAAAUAUGGGUGUUUGAGAUUGCUUGUGGGCGUUUGCUUGUAGAAAAUCCCUCACUAAUGCGUCAAACUUGAGAAAUGGCGGAAAGAAAUUUUUCUGGCUUAUUCAAAUAUAGCGAGACCACAGAGUUCACUUGGGCGAAUGAAUCUUGAAAAGAUUCCGAUUUAAAAAGAGCAAAAUUCAACAAGAUCAUAGUGUACACUCUGCUAUCCCAGUUUUCAUCUCACUGGAAUUUUUUACAAUUGUAUAGUUCUUGAAUGUUGAUAUCAACUCACUGACCAUUCCAAAAGACUCUCAAGACUUUGAAUUGCUGCUCUCCGUUCGGACUCUUGAUGCCGCAUUGCUAGCAAUCCGUCGGAUUAUUUCUCGUUUAUUUCUGGAUACGCUUUUCAAUAAGCGCUCCAAGUCCGAGAAAAAAGUACAAUAGUCUCAAAUGACGGCAGAUUUAUAUAGGUGUGUAAUUUAUGUACAGUACUUGAGGUCGUGAUAAUUCACUUGGGGUUAUCGCUCGUCCAAAUGAACCCUGGAGUUGAGAAAAGAAAUGCCAGGCAAAGACAGGGCCGACGGAUGUCUGCUGUAAACUAUGAGCAGAGCCCUUGCAGGAGACAUUCCUGGGCCGUUUCGGACGCCUGUGACAGACUGACCCAGGUGUCGCCACUUGACCGGCCCGCGACAUCCAUACUCGCCUCAACCGUGUUUCGUGUAAUUCUGUAACUAGAAACGCUUCUCAGACGUGAUUCACCGUGUAACCAGAGCCAGGCUCGUUUUUCCCUCCGUGUAUAGUUUACCCCGCCAAGCUUCUUGAGGGUUCGCCAAGGUUGAUCAGCAUUGGAGAACCGCUUUUAGACCCUGUCCUCAAUCCAGGUGACGUAAAAUAAAAUAAUCAUAAUUCUUGUCUUCCUCCUUUAGAAAAGCCUUCCGGAAACCUCUCAGAUAUUAAUCCCGCUCUGUACAUGAGAGUCUAAAGAAACGUCUUCCUCAAAGGUUGAAAAAGUGUUCACCUUGUGUUCUGUUGGCGAUUCAAGAGACACUAGAAAUCGUUAAGCGUGAAUAACUUGAAUAAUUUACAUGCCUUGAAGAUUUUAUUUAAUCUUAAUAGUUUUAAAACACACGAGUUGCAUUGCAAAAAUGCAGGUAAAUGUAGCUGAGGCGUUCACGUCUAUUUGCGAAAAAUAUGUCCCAAUCUAACGCGGCAACUCGUUUCAAUCUCUUUCCCAGUAUGCCAAAACCUCUUUUCCUUCUUCGACAAUUUUAAAGUUUGCAAUGAAUGGAUUUCAAGAUUAGUCUUGUAAGCACAAAAAAGAUUCUAUCAGCUUGAUCUUUCUACAGUUUUUUUUGAACAUUUAUAAGAAUCGAAGCCCAACAUGUAAAAACGUUUCUCCUGAUCACCUUUAGAGUUCGGUAGAAAAAAAUGCGAAAACUUUCGUAGGCUUGAGCAUACAGCGAGUGAGCUGGAAGAUCAAGGCAUGAAGACAUUUAGAACCUGUACUUGGAAACUAGAUGCAUGCAAGAGAAGAUACGAAAAAAGAAAACCGAAAGAAGAAACCAAAAAAAUACCGGAGUCUUCCAUAACGUUUAAGUGAGAGUAAAUCAUCGCAUAUUUUCACCGUUCCACAAAAUCCCAUCGAAGGGCGACAACUUAUUUUUUGGCUGGUCAGAAACAAUUUUCGGUUCCUCCUGAAUUCGCCGCAAGAGAAAAAUUCUGCAACUCCCGUCAAUCGCGAGGGAAUCCGUUCCCUUUCCUUGUCUUAUCCGAACUUUGGGAACCGAUGGAGGAAUUCAGGAUCCCGAAAAUUCCUUUGGCGAGGGUUUUUGAAUUAGUUUCGGACCCUUGUAGAGGGUUCAGACGGGCCUCAACCAGCUUUCCUAAAGCUUCUCUGGGGUCCAUUUUUCCUAAAAAAAAAGAAUCACCUGCUUAGUCUUGGGAUUCUCGAAUUUUCUGCGCAAUCCUCUGGGAUAUUUACGAGACCAUCGGAAAAUCGCCGAGCUCAGUCUAACAUGUUGAAAUGGAACAUAUCUCUGUGAAUGUACCAGGUUCAUAUCAAACGACCAUCCGGGGCAUUGCGCAGAGGAACCCGAGAUUCCUGGGGGUGAAUCUAACCAUUAUUUACGCAGCUGUAAUGAAAUGAAUGCUUCAUAAAUCUUUGUUGUUCACUAGUUAAUUGGGAAUGCUUGUCAUCACUAGCAUCGCUUAGAAUUGCAGCGACAAGAAACAGAUGUAGAGCUGAAUGCAGAGGACUAUAGUCACUUGAGGAAAGCGUCGUACGAGUAGUCUUAUCGCGAUGUUGGCAUGUUCGUUUCCAUCAUCCGGGCUUUUUAUUAUUUUCAAAUCCCGUCUCUCUUUUUCUCCGAUUCAACCUUCAACGAGGAAAAAAAAAUACAGAUCUGACAAUAGAUGCUGCCAGGCAUCGUGCGGCUCCUAUAGGUUUUCAGGUGACGCGGUUGAGCCUGGCUGAGACGUGGAACCCUUGGGUCUCACGGAGAGCUUGACGCCCACGUGAGAAGAAGAAAAAAAAAUGCACUGCUGAUAAACCAUGGCUUGACUAUAUAUUUUUUUUCGGUUUCCGCGACUUCGUAUUGAUAAUGCGUGAGCGUGAGUCCCGAGGGAAAAACUUUUCUCUUUUUGUCGCAUCCGCGUCGAUGUAUCGCUAUGCGCAGCCUUCCGCUUGCGGCGCUGCUGAAUGAUUCGCUGGUAUGCAUCAACGAUUCAAAUAAAACUAUGGAGCACUGGAACCUCCGGAA